GAAAAUGCUUGGAUCCCCGCCUCUUUGGCUGCUGUGCGCGCUCCUGACACAAGGGGAACAGUUUUUCACAGGAGGACAUAAUUUCGCACAGGACCGGAAGUUCUCUCAGUCAUAACACCAAUUGCUCCAACUUUGGUCAACAUGGCGGCACCAGAAAUAGACAAUAGCAAGUAUUUUGUAAGAGAAAUCGAAAAGAAUGACGGAUGCGUCUUAAGAAUGAAACAAUGCUACAUAGGGGACGUUGGUUGUGUCGUCUGGGAUGCAGCCAUUGUUCUCGCUAAAUAUUUAGAGACUAAAACGUUUUAUGACCCGUCGACAGGAGUCAACAUGUGGUGUGGCAGGACUGUGGUGGAAUUAGGUGCUGGGACAGGAGUAGUUGGUCUGAUGGCAGCAACACUCGGUGCUCAUGUCAUAGUAACAGACCUGGAAGAUUUGCAGUCCCUCCUGAAUGUGAAUAUUCAGGAAAACCAGACACUCAUUCAGAGUGGGUCCAUAUCUGCCAAGGUACUGAAAUGGGGUGAUGAUGUGUCUGAACUAUCACCUCCUCCACAUUACAUUAUCAUGGCAGAUUGCAUAUAUUAUGAGCAGUCUAUAGGUCCACUGGUGGAGACAUUGAAGCAGCUUUCUGGACCAGAGACCUCCAUUAUCUGCUGCUAUGAGCAACGCACCGAGGGCGUUAAUCCAGAAGUGGAAAAUAAGUUUUUUGAGUUGCUGCAACGAAAUUUCAUCUGUGAGACAAUCCCUUCUGACAAACAGGACCCAGAGUUCAGCAGUCCCGACAUCCAUAUUCUGCACAUUCGAAGAAAAGACUGAUCUUAUAGCAGGAAAUUUGUUUUUCUACUAAAAUUUAUAUCAUUGUGAGAAAGAUUUCAGACUGUGGCAUUUACAAAAAACUUAAAUAAUCAUUUGUAUUUCUUAAAAAUAGUUUACAUUUCAAAACAGGAAGUUUUUAGGGUAUAAAAAUAAAAUACUCUGGAGCACUUAUCUCAGCCUCUUCUCGAUUACUCACUUGCUGGCAACAGGAAGAGGAAGUUAAUAAAACAGACGCUUACCCAUUAUGAACACUGGGGGGCGACAAAUAUUCAACUCCAUGAACCAAGAUUGUAUAGUGUAAAACUUUGUGCUCACUUAAAUAUAAACUGUUUCCUUCAUCUGCACAUAAACGCUGCAUUAAGUAAGUAAAAAACUUACAAUUUAACCAUUUAAGGUUAAAUUGCAUGGUUUUGUAAAGCAAAGUGAACACUAGUGGGUUUUGUCCCCAUAUCAGGAAUUCUAUUCAGAGCUCCAGAUUAAGAAGAUCAUAGCUCUUAUUCAACCGUAAAACCAUGAAGCAUGCCCAACACACUCUCACAGACACACAGGGUCCACCGACAGCAUUUCUUGCUUUGUUUACACAGUAGGAACUGUAGCAUAAAGUGCAUGGGUGGCCUUCAGUACUCUGGCUAAAUGAAACAAUCCAGUUGGUCAAGGGAAGUUUAAAAAUCUGACAAAAUACAUUAAUUGCUUUGUAAAAAAAAAAAAAA